AUGAAGAUCCGAUCGUGGAUAUCCACCUGCUCCUCCGCCACCUCCAUUGCCACCGCCACCGAAACAGCACCACCCAAACUUAUCAUCUCCGAUUCAAGCAUCUCCUCCUCAUCAACCUCUCAAGACACCAGCUACAGCAGCCUCCAAAGCAACCUCUCCCUCCAAACCCUCCCAUCCGUCCCCUCCCUCCAAAAACUCUCCCCCGAAACCCUAAACCUCUCCGUCACCCAUCUCCGCCUCGCCUCCCUCAAACCCCGCCUCACCCCCAUCACCUUCCUCGCCGUCCACCACCACCUCCUCUACUCCGCCUCCGGACACCAAAUCAACGUCUUCGACAUAGAAAACGGAAACCACACACUCAUCGACACAUUUAACACCAACAAUUCUUCAUCAGGCUCAAUUAAGUCCAUUUCUUUCUCUAAAGAAAAAGUGUUCACUUCACACCAAGACAGCAAAAUCCGAGUCUGGCAAUUUUUAACUGAAACAAAACUUCACAAACUCGUUGCCACUCUUCCCACCAUUAAUGAUCAGUUAAGAAACUUCAUUUUACCAAAGAAUUAUGUUAAAGUCCGUCGUCAUAAAAAACGACUAUGGAUUCAACACAAUGAUGCUGUGUCCGGACUCGCUGUUAGCAUUGACAGUUUAAUGUUCUCAGUUUCGUGGGACAAGUACAUGAAGAUAUGGCGGGUAUCGGAUUUUCGAUGUGUUGAGUCUGUUAAAGCUCACGAUGACGCCAUUAAUGCCGUUGUAGUGUCCGGUGAUGGAACUGUGUACACGGGUUCUGCUGACCGGAGUAUCAAGGUGUGGGCGAGGAGGUCGGGAGAGAGACGGUACGGGAUGGUGGCGACGCUGGAGAAGCACAAGUCGGCUGUGAAUGCGUUGGCGUUGAGCGCCAACGGAUCAGUUUUGUUUUCGGGUGCUUGUGACCGUUCGAUCUUGGUGUGGGAGAGGGAGGACAGUGCAAAUCACAUGGUGGUCACCGGAGCUUUGAGAGGGCAUAGUAAGGCCAUUCUGUGUUUGGUCAAUGUGUGUGAUUUGUUGUUGAGUGGGUCAGCGGAUCGGACGGUCAGGAUUUGGCAACGCGGACAUGAUGGACGGUUCUGUUGUUUGACCGUCUUGGAGGGACAUGAAAAACCGGUACGGUCGUUGGUGGCGGUUCCGAGUGGUAAUGAACCGGCCGGUUCGGUUAAGGUGUUUAGUGGAAGCUUCGACGGAGAGAUCAAGGUGUGGCAGGUCGUAGUUUCGAAUCUCAAUAGUCCAUUUUCCUCUGAUAUUUUGAGAUAG